GGAGGAGCUACUGAGGCGGGAGCUGGGCUGCGACUCCGUCAAGGCCACGGGUCACUCGGGUGGCGGAUGCAUUAGCCAGGGCCAGAGCUACGACACGGACAAAGGGCGAGUGUUUGUGAAAGUGAACCCCAAGGCAGAGGAGGUGAGAAUGUCUUCUGGACUUCUAAGACAAGACUACACAGCUGCUCUUCUGUCUUUCUUCUCACUCUCCGCUCGAAUGACCUGGCCAGAAGGAUGUUUGAAGGCGAGGUGGCAAGUUUAAUUGCCAUCCUGAAGACAGGCACAGUGAAGGUGCCCAAACCCAUCAAGGUGCUUGACGCCCCAGGAGGCGGCAGCAUGCUGGUGAUGGAGCAUUUGGACAUGCGGCAUCUGAGCAGUCAUGCUGCAAAGCUUGGCACCCAGCUGGCAGAUCUACACCUAGACAACAAGAGGCUUGGAGAGACUCACCAGAAGGAGGCUGGCAUAGUAGGGAGAAGAGAUGAGCAGGUGGCGCGGCCCUUCGUGGCCCAGUUCGGGUUUGACGUGGUGACGUGCUGUGGGUACCUCCCCCAGGUGAAUGACUGGCAGCAGGACUGGGUCACUUUCUAUGCCCGGCAGCGCAUUCAGCCCCAGAUGGACCUGGUAGAGCAGAGGUCUGGGGACAGGGAGGCCCGUGAGCUCUGGGCUGCUCUGCAGUUAAAGAUUCCCGACCUGUUCCGUGAUCUGGACAUCGUCCCAGCCCUGCUCCACGGAGACCUCUGGGGAGGAAACGUAGCGGAGGAUUCCUCUGGGCCCAUCAUCUUUGACCCCGCUUCCUUCUAUGGCCACUCGGAGUAUGAGCUGGCAAUAGCUGGCAUGUUCGGGGGCUUCAGUAGUGCCUUCUACUCCGCCUACCACAGCAAAAUCCCCAAGGCCCCAGGCUUCGAGAAGCGCCUGAAGCUGUAUCAGCUCUUCCACUACUUGAACCACUGGAAUCACUUUGGAUCCGGGUACAGAGGGUCCUCCCUCAGCAUCAUGAGGAAUCUCGUCACCUGAGCUCGGGAGGGAGGCCCGAGUCCUGGUCACUAGAUCCUAACCAGACCCCUGUGGCCAGCCUCUCCUACCCUGGAAUAGCUUCAGACCAACUUUCCCAGCCUCGUAAAUAAUGUGACGUCUCAGGAGAAAGCUUUUAUCACCCUAAAGUUAGACUUCAUAGCUGGAUGCAGCUGCAGUAGAAAUUGGUGUGAACCAAGGGACCAAUGGAGGGUGGGCUGCAUUUAACCUGCAGCUGCCCCAGAGGUAGAGAAGGGAGGUGGCCAGAGUGCCAGGCGCUGCCACCAAGGGCAUCUUCCCACCAGCUCCCCAUCUCUGCAGGAGUGACUGGUAUCAAGGGUAAUGCUUCUUGGUGGGUCAGACUUGAUUAUGGACGUGAAGGCAUUGUCCUGGGAGCACCUCCUGAUGACCAGUUCCAAACCAAAUACACUCCCUUUCCUCUCUGUGCUGCCACUGGACCCGCUUAUUUCUACAGCUUGUGAGCUGUCAUUCAUCGACAUUGUAGAAACCAGUGCUACAGCAGUGGUUUCCCUCCUCCAGUCUUGCAGUGGUGAGAAAUGUUCAUGAAUGCCACUGAUGCUAACAAAUCCUUUUGCAUAAAAAUGUGAAUAAACUUCGAAUGGCUUCA